AAGAAAAAGUCAAUCUUUUUGCGUCAUGUGCAAACCAUUUCUAACCCCUUUAAGCCCUAUUAUCAUAAUAAGUUAAUAACCCUCAUAAAGGGGCACCAUCGAUAAAGUCUACCAGUUGCCUCUCUGAACCUCCUCGCGGACAAUCUAUAUUGUGAGGUGAAAAAUGUAUUCAUCUCGUGGGAAUAAUUCAUAUGGUCAACAGCAGCCGCAGCAGCAGCAGCAACCCUACCCUUCUCAAUCCGCCUAUACCCAAAAUUUGGGGCCUGGUUACCAUGGGCCUCCUGGUGGAAGGCCUGAAGGAAUGUUGCAGCCAUCUGUGGUUUCACGGCAUUCAUCUAUGUUAGGAGGUCCACAGGAAGGAGAUAUGGGUGGAUAUAGAGGACAUUCUCAUCUCUCUGCUGGGCCACAAAAUUAUGGUGCAAGGCAGUAUAGUUCUGUAUAUAGUUCGGCAGAUCAACAGGCCCCCAAGAUCAGUGCUAAAGGAUCCCUUCCAUCUCUAUUGGAAGGUCGUAGGGGUUUUAACUCAUCUAUGGCAGACUCACCUAAAUUCACUUCUGGUGACUAUGUGUCUUCAUCUGGCCAUGCAUUUGGCCAUAAAGUUGAUCAGUUGUAUUCAGAUAGAGUUUCUGAUUACACACCUGGGGAUAGGCACCAAUAUGGUGAUCGGCAUAGCAUUUAUAUAGGAAGGGAAUUGCCGAGUGAACCUGCUUCUAGAUAUGCUGAAUCAGUUGCCUUUGUUCAUAAGCAUCAGCCUGAGAUAUAUGAACGCACGGAACAACAAUCAAUGCUAAGGCAAGAAUCAGUGCUGAAAACCCAGUCACUAACAUCUACUUCCCUUGGUGGAAAUUCUAGACAAGCUGAUUUCCUUGCUGCAAGGGGCAACACUCUUCAUCGUUCAGCUGAGGAUCAUUAUCCAAUUCAAGAUCCUAUUGCUUAUGGUGGGAGAAUGGAUCCUGAUCCUCACAGUUUAUCAAUGUUAAGUGGUUCAUCCUACGGAAAAAAUCAUUCUUCAUCAAUCUUAGGAGCAGGACCUCACAGAAAUGUGGAUGAUCUCAAGUUUGUUCAGGGUUCUUUAGAUCCUGGCUAUGGAGUAAGCCUGCCUCCUGGAAGGGAUUAUGGAACAGGGAAGCGGCUUCAAGGCAUGUCCAUAGAUUCGGAUUAUCCAAAUACUAUGUUGUUGCGUGGUGCUCAUCCAAUGAUUAAUGAUCAUAAAGAUGAUAGGGUUGCAUAUCAAAGGGAGCUUGAACGAAGGGGCAAAGAACAUCAUAGGGAUUAUUCACGUGAGCGAGAGAAAGAUAGAGAAAGGGAAAAAGAAUGGGAACAAGAAUGGCAACGAGAGCGAGAGCAAGAGCGUGAUCGAGAACGGGAACGAGAAAGGAAACGGGAGCGGGAUAGGGAGCGUGAAAGGCAGCUUUUUAUUGAGCGUAGGGAGAAGGAAAGAGAACGAGAACAACAUCGCAAACAUGAAAUAACAGUUAAACGUGAGCGAACUCCUGCGAGACUCUCAAAGGAGCGUCGAGGUACAUCCUUGACAAAAGAUGGUAGACCUUCACGACAAGAAUCUCCACGUCAUGAAGCUCUGCAUAGGCGUCAUUCACCUCCUAAAGAGAAAAGGAGAGAUUACGUUUGCAAGGUUUAUUCUUCUAGGUUGGUAGAAGUAGAGAGGGAUUAUUUGUCACUGGCUAAACGAUACCCCCGGCUUUUUGUAUCACCAGAAUGUUCAAAGGUGGUUGUUAAUUGGCCAAAGGUGAAUGUGAAGCUUUCUUUGUACACUCCUGUCAGCUUUGAGCAUGACUUUGUUGAAGAUGAUGCUGCGGUUGAACGCAAGGUAUUGCUUUCUGGACUGCCUACUUGUGAUCUGUCAAAAUCAGAGCACGGAAGUACGGUGUGGAAUUCCAAGAUGAUUUUGAUGAGCGGUCUAAGCCAAAAUGCUUUAGAAGAGCUCUCAUCUGGAAGAAGCUAUGAAGAUCGCAUACCACAUUUCUGCAAUAUGCUCAGAUUUGCUGUUCUUAGAAGGGAUAACUCUUUGAUGGCAAUUGGAGGCCGCUGGGAUUCUACUGAUGGCGGAGAUCCAUCUGUUGAUGACUCUUCUUUGGUUCGAACAGUUCUUAGAUAUGCAAAGGAUGUGGCUCAUCUUGACUUGAAAAAUUGCAAGAGCUGGAAUCGUUUUCUUGAGAUACACUAUGACAGGGUAGGAAAGGAUGGGAUUUUCAGUCAUAAAGAGGUCACUGUACUGUAUGUUCCUGAUCUAUCUGAAUGUCUCCCUUCAUUGGAUGCUUGGCGAGACCAGUGGCUGGCUCACAAAAAGACUUUCUUUGAGAGAGAGCAGCUGCAAACCCUCAGAAAACAGAAAUCUGGAGAAAACAAGACCGGCACUCAAGGGUCUCAUUCAGAUAAGGUAGAGGAUGUGAAAGAUGCCAAAGGACAAGGCCUGCCACAUGAAAACAAAGAAACUUCAUUGUCUGGAGAGGUAACACAUGUUCAUAAUGACGAGCUACAUGGAAGCAAUGAUAAAGGGAAUGUGGCAGAGAAAGACUGCCAAAUGACUGACCAAAAUGUUAGGAAUAAAGAAGGGCUUGAAAGUGUCCAAGGUGGCAGUGAUCUUAUGAAAGAGGAUAAACAAGAAAGUAUGCAGACAGUUGAUACCAUAGUGCCUGGAAAGAAGAAAAUUGUAAGGAAGGUUGUUAAACAGAAAGUUGCAAAAAAGGAUAAUCUGGAAACAGCAGGUAAACAGGCUGAUUUACUGGGUGGAAAAGAUAGUGGGGAGAAACCUGCAGAUCCAGAAGUUCCCGGUCAACAGGAUAGCUCAUCUGCUAAUGUUUCAGAGAUUAAAACGUUUAAGAGAAAGAAAAUCAUUAAAAAGGUUGUGGUUGGUAAAGCUGCAGAGAGAGUAGAUGGUCAAUUGAUGCCUGAAGGGAUUCAGGGAAAAUCUUUGAACGAACUUGAGUGUGCUGAAGACAAGGCAAGCUUUAAACCAGAUGGAGGCAAUACCAUGGUGGCCCAAUGUGCUGGUGCAAAGACAGCUGUGAAGAAGAAAAUAAUUAGAAGGGUGCCUAAAAAAAAGGCAAGUGCUAAGGAUGGCAACAAUGAUGCCACUGAUGCUGGCACUAAGAAAGGGAAUGUGAAGGAUGAAAAGUUGAUUCAGGAUAAUAAUGAGGACCAAAUUAAGGAGGCUCAAACUUCAGGAAUUAACAGCAAACAGUCAACUGAUAUGAACAUAGGAAACUAUAUUAGCUCUACAAUAGAAACAGAAGCUGUGAAUGCUGAGAAGCAAGAAAAAAAGAUAGAGAUGAGGGCUGACCAAGUAGAUGUUUCUGAGUCCAAAACAGGGAUAGACAGGCAAAAGAUUCCUGAGGGUGAUGAUCAUGCAAAAGCAAAAGAAAGGGAACACUUGAAAGAUGAGAAAGAGAGGAGAGGUCGAGAUGAAAAGGAUGACUCAAACAAACUCAAGAAAGAGUUGAAGGAAAAGAGAAGCAGCGAUGAGGCCCCUCGCCAUCCUGGGUUGAUUAUUCAAACAAAAGGGAGCAAGGAUUUAAAGUUGCAGUCCUUGUCACUCUCUCUGGAUUCACUUUUGGAUUAUAACGAAAAGGCUACUGAAGAAUCAACAUUUGAGCUUUCAUUAUUUGCUGAAUCACUGUAUGAGAUGCUUCAAUAUGAAAUGGGUUCUCGGCUGUUGACUUUUCUUCAGAAACUGCGGGUUAGAUUUGUGAGUAAGAGGAACCAAAGGAAGAGACAGAGGGAAGAAGACUGUACAAAGAAAGGUGAGGAGAAACCAACAGGCAGGCGACAAAAAAGAGAUGGCACUAUUGAAGAUGUUAAAUUCAAUAAAACUGAAACUGAUGAGGUAGUAAGUCCAGAGGGAAAAGGAUCAAUUGUCAAUGAGACUACUACGCCUUUUGUGACAGAAGAUGUGAAGAAAAAUGAAACCAAUGAAGAGGAAGACCCUGAGGAAGUGGAGGAACUUUCAGAUGUCCCACAGCAUGACUUGGCUAAUGAGAAAAAUUCUCAAGUUGGCAAGAUGGAUGUUGAUGUGAAAAGUAGAAAGGAUGCUGUUGGUCCAAAAGAUCAGAAGGAUACUGCUAAUGUUGUUGCCCAACAGACAAAGCCUGAUUUAGUUCAAGGCAGUGAGGAGAAAAUUGGAAAGACAGAUAUAAACAAUCAAGGAAGAAAUAAAGUUGACAAGGACCUGUUGCAGGCUUUCAGAUUUUUCGACCGGAAUCGUGUUGGGUAUAUAAGGGUUGAAGAUAUGAGAUUUAUCAUCCAUAACUUGGGGAAGUUCCUCUCGCACAGAGAUGUAAAGGAACUUGUGCAAAGUGCCCUUCUAGAGAGCAACACUGGGAGGGAUGAUCGGAUUCUCUAUGAUAAGCUGGUCAAUAUAUCAGAUAUGCUGAAUCAAUGAUUGAAAUUUGCUGAAUUUUUCCAAGUCAUUUCACAAAUUUACCUUUUCUAUCAUCAAAAAACUUAUUUCCUUUUUAAACUUCUGAAAUGUUUGUUUUUGUUUAAGCACCUUUGGGAUUUUCUUGCAAGGUUGACUGUGCUUCCCUGUAUUUCUGCUUUUUCUUUCAUUUGAUGUGCUCCUAUAGGGGCUGCUGGAGAAAAGAUUUCUCUAUGGUCCCAUCUCUUUUCCUGGCUCAUGAGCAAAAGCAGAUUUGCCGUCUAGAGCAUUUAAUGCAAAUGUCCAUUAUACAGUAAUUCCUCAAUUCUGAAGCACACAUUUUUCAGACCCAAGUCAAAUUUUUGUUUUUCAUUCUGUAUGUAUCAUGUAGAAUGUGGCUGGUCUCAAUCACUCGUGUAGGCUGAUGAAAUAUAAGAAUGAACGGUUAUCAUGUUCCUC